UGCUACCAUUGAAACCAACGAAGAAGAGGUUCAGCCGGUCCUAUUCGAUGCGCGCAAGUUCGAGACAAACAUGGCGGAAACAAAAGAGCAGGCACCGCUAAUAGGAGAAUAUUUGCCCAAAGAAAGAAAAACGUUCACCCCCGAGGAAGAGGCCAGGCUAGAAAGGCAACAUUUUUGGAGAAUAAUCGACGCCUUUAGAUUUUACAGGGGCCAUGUGCAAGAGCAUGUCAGUCGAGCCGAGCGUCACUUUCUGAGUCUCCCUGAGCGCCACCAGAAUUUGCUGCCGUCUGUACUUCCACACCUGGUCCACAUCCGUCAGUGCGCAGACCACAACCAUGAAGUCCUGCAGGCCAUCGUCGAGCACAGCAUUCACAUGUUUGAGAACAUUGAGUAUGGGGAGAGGGAGGAUCCGAGAAAAGUGCGCUCCUCCUCGACAUUUGACAUGGACAAGCUCAAGUCCACCAUUAAGCAGUUUGUCAGAGACUGGAGCGAGGCGGGUCAGGGUGAGCGGGACUCCUGCUAUCAGCCCAUCAUCCGGGAGAUCCAAAGGCACUUCCCAAGUGACCAAUAUGAUGUGUCUAAGGUCAGCGUGCUGGUCCCGGGGGCUGGACUCGGUCGUCUAGCUUGGGAAAUUGCUCGUCUCGGUUAUAUUUGCCAGGGCAACGAAUGGAGCUUCUUCAUGCUUUUCUCUUCCAACUUUGUUCUUAAUAGGUGUGAAAAGGUGAAUUGUCUGACACUGUACCCCUGGAUUCACCAGUUUAGCAACAAUAAGAAGUCUUCCGAUCAGACGCGGUCUAUCAGAUUUCCUGAUGUCAAUCCUCAGAGUUUACCACAAGAUUCAGACUUCUCCAUGGUAGCAGGAGACUUCCUCGAAGUCUACUCUGAUGCAGAUUCUUGGGACUGUGUGGCUACUUGCUUCUUUAUCGACACGGCUCAUAACGUCAUACAGUAUGUUGAGACCAUCUGGAAGAUUCUUAAGCCUGGAGGAGUGUGGAUCAAUCUAGGUCCGCUGUUGUACCAUUUUGAGAACAUGGCCAAUGAGCUCUCAGUUGAACUCAGCUACGAAGACAUCAGGGCAGCAAUGGUGAAAUUAGGCUUCCACAUAGUGUUGGAGAACGAGUCUCUACAUACCACCUACACGGAGAACGAGCGCUCCAUGUUAAAAUACAUUUACGACUGCGUCCUCUUUGUGGCACGGAAACCUCAAAAUUUGUACUCUAACUGUCAAAAAGAGAAUGACCAACAGAGUUCACCGCCCGCUGCCAAAUCGCCACGACAAGACAACUCGGAGUGUCGUACUCCAGGUUCGUUGUAGUUGUCAAGUCAACUGGGAUUGCCUCCAGUUCACCCACGUCCCCAACCAGGGCAGGUGCCAUAGAAAACGGGUGGAUAUUUGCUACAUUUCGAAUGCAACGGAACAAUAGUGGCCUCUUUGCAUGGAUCGUUGAUGAAAAUGUUGUCAAAGCUUGCUGCAGCUUUGCCAGAAUUUGUGUGCGUGUGUGGGUGGGUGUGUGUGUGUGUGUGUUUUGUACUUGAAUAAAGCAAACAAUGUUUUAUAUACAA